GUGGAAUGCUGGCAAAGUCAAGCUGGUAGUAUAUUCAGGGACAGAUUCAAGACAACCCACUGGACAAAAGAAUGAUAACUGAAAAUCAGUACAUUAGUUUACUACAGUUAUGUGUCAGUCAAGUAUUUACAUUUGCUUUUCCUGUGUGCUGCUACUUCAUACAUUAAGGCAAUGGGAAUUACUUAUCGUGAAAUCCUAGCAAGUUAGCUGGAUUGUGAUGGAGUUGUGCUAACCUGAUGCAUCCCUCUGCAUCAUAGGUAUAUGCCUCCUUCAAGGAUAAAAUUAUUUGGAGCAGCACUGUCCUGCGUUGUAGCUGCUCACCACACAUGACUAUUUAAAUGAAAUGAAAUGGCAAACUCAGUUCUUCAGUUGCGCUAGUCACAGUUCAAGUGCUCAAUAGCAACCUGUAAUGAGAAGCUCGCAUACUGGACAGUGCAUUUCCGCCAUGGCAGAGAUUCUGCUGAGCAGAGCUGACCUGCAGAACCCACUGACCCCGCUAAGCAGGACUCAGCUGGUCACUCCCGGCUUUGCUUUUCUGGCAGUUUUUUAUUCACGUUUCUUAACUGGCUCUUUCCGGUGGACAUAUUCUUCUGACGUAUAAAACUUUCCAUUGGUUGUGGUUGAACAUUAGCUCAGGACGAAGAAUAUGCCAAUGUAACUUUGCAAAUCUCUGUCCUGGUUGCUCUGAUCCUUUUGUAUUUAUUUUAAUAAUAUUGGCUAUCAUUUUAUUGAGGAUACAUGCAAGAGAUUGAUGGGGGGAAUCGGUGAAUCUCAGUUAGAUAGCAGAUCCGCGUCCUUGUGCAGGAACGUGGUGCUCAGGACAAGCGGCUCCAGGAUCUGGAGGCCGAGCUGGAGAAGAUGGAAGCAAAGCUAAGUGCUGUGGUCAGGGAGAAAACCUCUCUCUCUGCAGGUAACGCUUCCCUGGAAAAGCAGCUUACUGAAUUGACCAGGACUAACGAGCUGCUGAAAUCUAAGUUUUCUGAAGAUGGUAACCAGAAGAAUCUGAGGAUUCUAAGCCUUGAGUUGACGAAACUUAGAAACAAAAGAGAAACUAAGAUGAGGAGUAUGAUGGCUAAGCAACAAGGUGUGGAGGUGAAACUGCAGGUCACUCAGAAGAGUCUCGAAGAGUCUCAGGGGAAAAUCGCACAGCUGGAGGGAAAACUUGAUUCAAUACAGAAGGAAAAGCUGGAUGAAAAAUCUGAUAUGGAAAAACUCUUAGAAUACAUUGAAGAAAUAAGUUGUGCCUCAGAUCAAGCGGAAAAAUACAAGCUAGACAUCGCCCAGUUAGAAGAAAAUUUGAAAGAGAAGAAUCAUGAAGUUUUAAGUCUGAAGCAGUCUCUUGAGGAAAACACUGUUACCUUGUCUCAACAAGUAAAAGACCUGGAUGCUAAAUGCCAACUACUUGAGAAAGAAAAAGAAGACCUCAUUAACAGGGACAGAGAACAGGAUGAAAAUCUAAAUUCUGAAAUGCAAAGCUUAAAAGAGAAGUUAAUUCUUGAAAAACAAGAACAUGAAAAGCUACAACAGAAAGAGUUGCAAACUGACGCACUUCUGCAACAGGAGAAGGAAUUAUCUUCUAGUCUUAAGCAGAAGCUUUGCUGUUUCCAAGAGGAAAUAAGGAAAGAACGGAAUCUCUUUGAGGAAGAAUUAAAGCAAGCUCUGGAUGAGCUGGAUAACUUACAGCAAAAGGAGGGACAAGCCGAAAAGCUGGUCAAACAACUGGAAGAAGAAGCAAAAGCCAGAGCUGAAGAGUUGGCACUUCUAGAAGAAAAGCUGAAAGGGAAAGAAGCGGAACUCGAGACAAGCGAUGCCGCUCACUCUCAGGCCGCCCUGCUGUUGCAGGAGAGGUGUAACAGUGCCGAGCAAAGCCUUGGAGACGUCACUGCUCAGUUUGAAAGCUAUAAAGCAUUAACAGCUAGUGAGAUAGAAGAUCUUAAGCGGGAGAACUCAUCACUUAAGGAAAAAGUGGCCACGGCCGAGAAAAGUGCGGAGGAUGUUCAGCAUCAGAUACUGGCAACUGAGAACUCAAAUCAGGAAUAUGCAAGGAUGCUUUUAGAUGUUCAGACCAGAUCAGCACUUAAAGAAGCAGAAAUGAAAGAAAUCACAGUUUCUUCUUUUCAAAAAAUCACUGAUUUGGAGAACCAACUGAAGCAACAGCGGGAAGACUUUAAGAAGCAGCUGGAAGCAGCGGCAGCAAGGCAGGCCGGAGAAGAAAGUACAGUGGCAGAAUUAACUGAGGAAAUGAAUAAGUGGCGCCUCCUCUAUGAAGAACUAUAUAAUAAAACAAAGCCUUUUCAGCUACAACUGGACGCAUUCGAAGCAGAGAAACAGGCCUUGCUGAGUGAACACGGGGCCGCCCAGGAACAGCUGAACAGACUCAGGGACUCAUAUGCCAGAUUGUUGGGUCAUCAGAAUCUAAAGCAAAAAAUCAAGCAUGUUGUGAAGUUGAAAGAUGAAAACAGCCAACUCAAAUCGGAGGUGUGGAAACUCCGCUCUCAGCUUUCUAAAAUAAAGCAAAAUGAGAGAAAACUUCAGGGGGAAUUGAAUAAAGUUCUGGGUAUCAAACACUUUGAUCCUUCAAAGGCUUUUCUUCAUGAAAGUAAAGAAAAUUUUGCUCCCAAAACCCCACUAAGAGAAGGCAAUACCAACUGCUGUUGAGCCCCCAUCGAGUUUCAGGAAUCAUUCAAGCAAACAUCUGAAAAACCAGUUGAAGAUUAUUUUAUUUUUAUUCUUUGUUAUUCUUUAUUUUUAUUUCAUUGUUAGUAUUGCUGUUGUUACUGUUGCGUUUGUGACGAAUACUCUGAAAUGUAUUUAAUAUUAACUUCCUAUUUUUAGUUCUCCGAAAGCAAGCUCAACAUUUUUGCCAAUCUGUCAUCUGACACUGUGUUCUGUUGUCAGUGCCUCCUCCCUGAGGCUCAUUUCCGGCACAUCAUUCUAAACCUUGUACUCGGCUUUCCAGUCUUACAGUUCGUCCCAUCAGUCAGCAUUCCUUUAAAAAUCGCUGUUAUAUUACUACCCUCCUCUUCUGAAACCUUAGGUGGUUUCAGGAUUCUGAUCCCCAGGUUUUUGGUUUGAUCCUGGACGGCUUUUCUAAUCCAAACCUCAUAAGCUAGGACAAAGCACCUUGGCCUGUUCUUGCCUCUGCUUUGAUUCUCCUAAUAAUGUUCCUCCCAUUUUACCCACCAAAGACUCAUCCAGUUCCAGUAGGAACUAAGGGCUUGCUUAAUUGCAUAGUAAUCUCUUUAUCUCUUAUCAGAGUCACUAGCAGGUCAAGAAUUUGCAGAUUCCUAGACUCUUUCCCAGUCCUACUAAAUGAAAAUCUGAGGGUUUUUUUCCUGAAAAUCUGCACUUUAAACAAACUCUGCAGUUAAUUCUUAGAUACAUCAAAAAUCUGAGAACUACUGCUCUUAGCUACUCUUGAAAGAAUUUUUUAUACCACUUGGCAGCAGCCUGACUAGUGGGUAUCUGAUUAGUAUUUCCGUAAUGUGAAAUAAAAAUCACACAUUAAGUCAUUAAUUAACCCAGUCAUUCAACUUAUAUUAUAUGAAGUUACAUUAAUGCAUGAAUGAAAGGUGUUUAUGAUCUGUGCCCCCUCCCUUUCUUGUCACUAGAAUUACAAGUGGCAGUAGACUGUUUAGAGAGUGGUAAUUAUCUACAAUUUCUGAGUUACAGUUAGUGUAUUAUAAAACACAUUUUAAAAAUACUUCUCUCUUGAUGUACUAACAGACGUAUUACAAUCAA